GCCCCGCCCCUUUCCUCUUAAAGCGGCCGCGCCGUCGCUGCGGGCCCCACCGCCGCCAUGUUGCUCGGCCGGCUCCGCGCUGUCGCCGCCUCUGUCGCGACAGCGCGCGGCCUCGCGACAGCGCCGCGGGGGGAGGGGCGGCAGCUGCUGCUGCGCCAGCUCUUCGAGGCCUCCUCCUGCACCUACACCUACCUGCUGGCGGACGCCGCCACCGGCGACGCCGUCAUCAUCGACCCCGUGCUGGAGACGGUGCCCCGGGACCUGCAGCUGCUGCGGGAGCUCGGCCUCACCCGGCGCUACGCCGGUGAGGGCCCGCCCACCGCGCCACGCCCCCUAAACCCCGCCCACCUGCUGCUUUAAGCC